ACCACAUCGAAAUGCAUGGCGUCCGACGAAUGGCUUCUGCUCGCCGGUUCAACUGUGAGCAAGAAAGUAAGCUGAGUAUUCAGAAAACAACCAUUUGGACUUUGUUAAAAGCCUCCAUCAAGAGAGAGCUAGAAGUGUUCCAAGUGAAGUGUUUACGGCGCAUGAUAAAGAUCUUCUGGCCUAACACCAUCUGGCCUAACACCAUCUCGAAUGAAGAGCAGGGAGACAGGGCAGGGACCUGCACCUUAACAGAAACAAUCCAACAGGUGCGCUGGCGAUGUGUGCCGCAUGCCUCCAAACUCAACUCCAGAGCAGCCCUGCGAUGGACACCACAGAGAAGGAGGAACAGAGGGAGGAGGACCGUCGAGAAGGACCUCAAGAGCAGAGACCUAUCACUCCAGACAGCCCCCAGAGCAACAACAGACAGAACCAGAAGGAGGUCUCUUGUUGUCGCCUCACGUGCCACACGGCACAGAGAAGACUGAAGCAACUUCCGCUUUCUUUGCAAAAGCCACACGGCCAUCGACUUCUAUGAUCUCCAUGGAGUCUGUGCACAGGACAGUAAGCCUGUGGGAACAGUAUACACCUGUCAUGAUAGCUGAAAAUAGCCAAAAGAAACCUGAGACCAGAUCAGGUGAAUAUUGGCUUCCUUCAAACUCAAGAUACGUCUAGUCAGUGAUGUAUGGCUGUAGGAAAACCUUGAACCAUUACAAAGCACCCUCACGGAAAAUGUCAAUAUGUCAACAUCAGCCAUUGACAGUAAUUCUAUACACACGCUCGCGCGCACGCACGGAUAGACACAUGGGAAUCCAACAAAGAAUAAAUUCUCCUAACUGGAAUUGUUGGCACAGAAUAAUAUACCAUAAUUUAUAUUACCAAGCACAUAAGCUAGCAAACAGUGACGAUUUAUUCCUGUUAGUCGCGAUCUCAUCCUCGAAAAAAGCAGUAUUAGUGAUGAAUGUGGUGCUUUAAUUCGCCGGCAUUGCGGAUCUGAUUUCUCAUGAAUAAUUUACCAACUGAAGAUGUCUUUUGGGCUCGAAACACUACAGUGUAUGUGACAACACUGAAUAAUGAAUUAAGAACUAUUUUUGUGUGGAUUAAUCUCUAUAACAGCUUUGUAAAACCAACAUCCGAACAUAUCUGUGAACUUACUGUAAACAAAAGUGAGCUGCAAACAUUUGUGUCGGAUUAAACGGGGUGGGGCAGUGGGGUGUAUUUUAUGCCGAACCAGCAACUAAGAUUAUAUCAUGGUAAGGCAGUCAGCCCUGUAAACAGAUGCUACAAGAAAGUACAGACGAGAGUUGAAUCCAGGACAGUCAAUCCUCACUGUGUUGGUGACAGGCGCUAACCGGUGCACCAACGGACCGAUCGUUGAACAAACGAUAUGGAUUUGUACAUAAACACUGAGUGUGUGGACUUAUAUAUCAUAAAGUGUUGACAAUUGGCUGCUCACCAAGCUGACCUCAGUCCCUAUACUGUAGCCGCAGUAGCUUCUGAAGGGGGUUAUUUAUUAAAUUUCUCGAAAACCGUUUAACAUUUUGCGACUUUGAGUUUCAGGAG